CUCGCUGCACGACUGUCGGGAAGGAUAUUUCUAACAUGGACAUGGAUGUUGUCACAGCUAAAAUGCUGUCUGAGUGGAAGAGCCAUGAGGGUGCGUUUGGAGAAGAUCAUGACUCACUUCAGUCCACUUCCCCGGAGUCCUCCAUAGACUCCAUGUGCUCUUCCCCGGAGAUGUGCUUCUCCAGCGGCAGUCAGGAGAUGAAGGACUUCCCUUACGGAUUCCCGGAGCGCAGGGCCUCUUCCAAAGCACAGAGGCAGGGCAAGCCCAAGAUGUCCACCAAGAGACGCGUGAAGGCCAGCGAGAGGGAGAAGAUGCGGAUGAGGAGUCUUGCAGAGGCUCUGCACCACCUCCGAGACUACCUGCCGCCGGACUACAGUCAGACAGGCCAACCCCUGACCAAGAUACAGACCCUCAAAUACACUAUUGAAUACAUCAACAAGCUUUCAGACAUCCUGGGCCGCGCGUAACGGACGCAAAUUUACUUUUUACGCAUAAGGUUUUACUCUGACCUGGACAUUUAAUGGAGUUAGUUUUAUAUAUUCGAUGAGUAACACAACAUUUUUAAGUUAACUUUAACAUUUGAUUUAAUUAAAUUGUUCUCUUGUUCGCCCUUCUCGUGAUGUAAAUAUUGUUUAUUGGGCACUUGACCAUUACUUUGUAUAUGAGGCUGCCUUUGUUGGAGUUGUGAAUUAAAUGUUUGGAAAUAUAGUUUGCUGUUUGUUUCUAUGUGUAUAUGUUUUCCCCUUGGUAUGAAAUGUAGCUUUACAGAUGAAGGUUUUCUCCUAUU